AUGGGAAGAGACUGGUCUUGGCUUGGUGGAAGGAAGAAGAAAUCCACAAGCAAGUCAAAGAAAGACAUCAAAGCAGCUCCACCACCGUCUUCUUCACCCGCCGGUGACGUCGCAACCGCGGCGGGAUGCAUGAGUGUUGUCUUCAACAUUUUCGACUUGCAACAUUUACAGUUUCCCAUUAACCAUCACCAUCUUCAUCUCCCCAAAGACUCUCUCUUAAAAUCAAACUCAGGUGUAGAUAAGGAAGAGGGUACUCCAUCUUCACAUACCAGAAAAGAUGGAAACCUCAAUAUAUCUAUGGGUAUUAAAAUCAAGACCAAACCACAAGCAAGAACAUCAUCAUCAUCAUCGUCUCUUGCAGCCACUGAAUCUUACUCUCCAAGUGUAAAGACACCAACUUUAGUCGCUAGGCUCAUGGGUCUUGAUCUUGUUCCAGACAACUACAUAUCAUCAUCUCCUACACCAUCUUCUUCUUCUUCUCACACCACCAAACACAGACAUCACUCUCUCCAAAGAAACUCUCUCGACGGAGGAACACGAUCUCUUCCAGAGACGCCGAGGAUCUCACUCGGAAGAAGAUCUCUCGACGUUAACUCUUACAACCACCAACGUUCCUCACUUCAUCUCAGAGAGAUGAAGAUACACGUGGAGGAUAAAGAGAAUAGGAGUCCUAGAGAUUACGCUAGACAGAUAGUGAUGCAGUUGAAAGAGAACGUUAGCCGGAGAAGAAGAAGAAGAAUGGGAACUGAUAUUACAAACAAAGAACAACCAGUUCAGGAGCCAAGAACGAAACCAAAGUCAUCACUUCAGAGAAAUAACGUCCCUCCCAAGGUUCUAGAGAAGACAGUGAAGGUUCAAGACAAGAAGAGAUUACAAAAAGUGAAAGAAGAGCCAGAGAGAACAGAGCAAGUCAAAAAAGAGAGCAACUCUGACACGAAAUGCAAGAAAGCUGAGAGCUUUAAAUCGAGAUUAGUGAAGCCACCACAGACAAUGCAGGAGGAGACGUAUGUUUGUUCACCCGCAACAAGUAAUAACAUUAAGAACAGAGAUUCAUUAAAGCUCAGAGUAACGCAGUCAUCAAGAAACAGAGCAUCAACAACAGAGUUCACUGCGUUUCAGAGACAAUCGCAAACGCACAUUGCACAAGUCACUAAACGCACUUUGGUUCUCGAAGGUGUCGAUGUUCUUGUGGCCGGAGGUUUACCGGAGACGGAAACACAGUCGGAGUUGGCGUUUGAAGGAAUCGUGACGGAGCUCGAGAGAGGAAUCUUCGAAGCCCUCGUGGCUGAAACGACGACGGAUUGUUUAGACACGUGGAAUAAAACGGCGUCGUUUUAAGAGAAGCGAUGAUGUCAGUGGCACGUGGGGAGUUCACGUGACGAGACACACUUCAAAUGUGGGG